AGUGCGUAAACUCUACCAAGUGAAAAAACUUAGUAUAGUAUAUAAACAAUUCGAGGUCUAAUAAUGGCUGAAAAAAACGAUGGUACGCCUCUGUCAAGAUCUGGCCCAAAUCCUGUCCUACAGUUCAGCUCAGCAGCUGGAACUCCGGAGACCAAGCGUAAAAUGAUGCUCUACAGGCAGCUGCUGAAACAGGAGUUGAGCAGGGAUAAUAUAAGACCUCGAAGAAAUGCAACUGUCAGAUAUCGGAGGCGACAACAACAACAACAGCAGCAACAACAACAUGAUAGUAUGCAGACAUAUUCAUAAGGCGGUUUCCGAUGUUUGUUUAAGCACUUGGUGGUUUAUUUGCGCUAAAAUCAAAGUACAUUUAUACUAUUUGUAAAUUUGGUUUAAAAACAAUUUUUUAUUAAAUGUGUGUAAUAAUUGUUAAA